CCCGCCCCCUUUCCCACCCCCCUCCCUCCGCCCCCGCACGCCGCCCGCAGCUCCUCGCGCCCGCCCGCACGGAGCCAUGCCGAAGAGAAAGGCUGAAGGAGAUGCCAAGGGCGAGAAGGCCAAAGUUAAGGAUGAGCCACAACGGAGAUCAGCAAGGUUAUCUGCUAAGCCUGCUCCGCCGAAGCCAGAGCCUAAACCUAAAAAGGCAGCUCCAAAGAAGAGUGAGAAGUUGCCCAAGGGAAAGAAGGGGAAAGCUGAUGCUGGCAAGGAGGGAAACAACCCUGCAGAAAAUGGAGAUGCCAAAACAGACCAGGCACAGAAAGCUGAAGGUGCUGGUGAAGCCAAGUAAAAAUGUGUGAAUUUUUGAUAACUGUGUACUUCUGGUGACUGUACAGUUUGAAAUACUAUUUUUUAUCAAGUUUUAUAACAAUGCAGAAUUUUGGUUUACUUUUUUUUAAGCUAUGUUGUUAGCACACAGACCGCUUCGUUGUUGUGUUUUGGGGUGGGGGGGGAGGGUUGGGGGUGGGGACAAAUGUCACUUAGUCUAUUUCUUGGAACCUAAAUUUUAAUAAGGAAAAGUUUUCCUGGUCCCCCAGUUUUUGGAAGAAGGGCCCUUCUAGAGUAGAAGAGGAAGGGAUUCCUUCAUGCUGCACACCUUUUCAGUUCUGUGAAGUGCAUCCAAGUGAACGUGGGAGCUCCCAAGAUGCCUGUUACUGAUUACAAAAUCACAAUUUGUAAUGGCCUCUCUUUCCUUUCACAUCCUCCUGGUUUGCCUAGAGCCUGACACUCCAAAAUACAGCAAAAAAAACCCCCAGCAUUUUGGGACUCUUAAUGCAUUGUCGGGUGAUCCAGACUUCUGGUGUUCAAUUUGGGAUACAGUGGCUCUAAAAGGAGCUAUACUUCCACUUUUAUAUGAUGGAUCUUGAGAUUAAGAAACUUACAUUUUAAUUCUUGGGUUUUUUUCCCCUCUAAAAGUCAGGGUAGGUUUGUGAAGAGUUGUUAAACAACAUGCUAAAUGUGAAAGUGUCCACCCUCACUCUAAACUUUUCCCCCUUUUUCAAGUAUGAAAUGAAGAUUCUUCAGUUUUAUAGCAACUUCUACGUUUUGGUAGUCCAUGAAGGGAGAGGGGGAGUUUGACAGUUGUUGUAAAAUGUUGCAGAUUGUAGCCCAUGUCCUGCCUAAAUUACCAUGAUUGUUUAUGAAAAGUACCUUUAAUAAAGCUGGAUACGGUUUGGCUUGGACUGUU